UCUGUUCCUCACAGGAGGACGGGAGAGAGAAAGAGAGAGUUUUCACAGGUUGCCUGCAGCCAGUCUGUGGGUGAAAGCGUAAGAGGAAAGAGAGAUAGAGAGAAGGAAAGCAGGGCUGACUUGAGUAUUGUUGAACAUAAACAGUUGCUUCAAAGGGCUACUGAGGCAGAAAAGCCCAAAAAGAGGAAGGACUGCAUUUUGUUUGGAAAGUCUGCUACUUUUUUUUUCUCCAGCGGUAACAGCCCCUAUCAACCGUUGCCAUGGGUGAAAUGGACACGUUGAAAAAGGAGGCCGAUGGUCUGAAGGCCCAGAUUGAAGCAGGCCGCAAGGCGGUCAAUGACACCACCAUGGCCACUCUAGCAUCUGGUAUGGCGGCUGCACCGCGUGUUCAGCUGAAAAACAGAAAGACAUUGAAGGGCCACUUGGCUAAAAUCUACGGCUUGCACUGGUCUGCUGAUAACAGGCACAUGGUCAGUGCCUCACAGGAUGGCAAGCUUCUGAUUUGGGACACCUACACCGGAAACAAGGUAUAUGCCGUCCCCCUCAAGUCCUCCUGGGUAAUGAGUUGCUCCAUGGCCCCUUCUGGCAAUCUGGUGGCCAGCGGAGGUCUGGAUAACAUGUGCACCAUCGCCAAUAUCAAGGGUGCCAGCCCAAAGACCCUCAGGGAGCUGGACGCACAUGAAGGCUACCUUUCUCAUAGCCGCUUCCUGAACGACAAUGAGAUCCUCACAGCAUCCGGUGACACCACUUGUUGCCUGUGGGAUUUGGAGACUGGCAAGCAGAAGGUGAUCUACAAGAGCCAUGUGGGUGACUGUAUGUGCCUGGCCUUGUCACCAGACCAGAACAGUUUCAUCUCAGGGGCAUGUGACUCCAGCGCCAAGCUGUGGGACAUAAGAGAUGGCGGCUGCAAGCAGACCUUCAUCGGCCACACGAGUGACAUUAACGCCAUUGCGUUCUACCCUAGUGGCACUGCAGUUAUCACAGGUUCCGAUGACUGCACCCUCAAGAUGUACGACCUCCGUGCAGACCAAGAGGUCAAUGGCUACCAGGACGCUGCAUUGAAUGCUGGCGUCACGUCAGUCUCCCUCUCCAGCUCAGGACGCCUCAUCUUCGCCGGCUACGACAACUUCAACUGCAACAUCUGGGAUUCUCUGAAGGCCGAGAAAGUUGGUGUUCUGUCUGGCCAUGACAACAGAGUGAGCUGCAUUGGGGUGCCAGACGAUGGAUUGGGUGUCUGCACAGGAUCCUGGGAUAGCUUCCUGAAGAUCUGGAACUGAGCUGGUCUUCCAGAGGCGACAUUGGGAAAGAGAGAGGGGAAGACAGGGAGGGGGGUGGAUGGAGCUAGAGGAGGAGAGGAGAAGGGGUUAAACACAAGACUGAGAAAUAAGGAUGCUCAUUUUGGGAUUGGGGAGAUAUCAGGCGGAGCAUGGUUGUAGUACCAGUUCACAUAAUUUCUUCCUUUCUCUCUCUCCCCUCCUUUUCAUCUAUGUAUGCAAUGUGAGAGGUGGUGAAUGGGACUUCAUAGAACAUACUGUAUAAAUGACAUCGACAGCAGAACAAAAUGCAGCCACACUACGUGUACACAUGAGAAUUUUAAAGUUAUUGUUAAGACUAUCAAUACCGAGACAACGACAAACAUAAAAAAUAUAGGAUUAUUUGAAAUAAUAAAUGAAUUAAUGAAGAAAAUAUGCUCUACUUGUAUCUAAGGUGAGAGUGACAAUUGCACAUAUAGAUUUUUGACAAUAAAAAUGUGAAAUAAAUACAGAAAUAUAAUGAACAUAAAUAAAGAUUUAGUAUUACAGAUGUAUUUUUAUUGUUUUGAGAUCUUUGAUGUAUAAAGCCCACACUUAUUAGCUGAAAGUUGAUAUGUACAUUUAUUUACAUUUAGGUAAUUUAUUAUUUAUUGGAGUGCAGAGUUGAUGUACAGUGCCGUUUGGUCACACAAAUCCAAUGUAUAAUGCCAUUUUGGGCCUGUGAUGAUACAUGCUAACCAGCAGCAUCCGCUGUCUUUGCCCCAAAAUGGCUGCCAUCACCAAUCACCAACAAAAUUAAACCAUGUUCAAUCACA